AAAAAAAUAUUAAAGAAGGCAUUUAUGCAUUUUUCGAUUAUGACAGCAAAAAAAACAAAGGAAUUUGCAAGCAGGAAGACUGUAAAGCUUCUAUUACGGUAAGUUUUAAUAUAAACACGCAUGAACUUGACUCUGUUUUCUUAUUAACGAAUGAAUAAAAUUUAGUUUUCUCUAAUAAAGAAAACGAUCAAAAGAUUGUUUUGAUUAAAGAGAAAACUAAAUCAAUAAUAGCAUUACUGAGAUAAUGUAUGUUCUAACAGACACAUCGUGAAUUUAGUUUUAUUUUCGCCAUUUUGAUGACUUUUUUUCACUUUCAGCAAUUUUUUCUUUUU